CAACGAUGUCUCUACUUCCUUUCUUCCGAUUGAGUUCUCUCGGUGUAAAUUGUGAAAAAAUUCACAAAAUAAAUUUUAGCAAUGGUACGUAUGAAUGUUUUGGCUGAUGCAUUAAAAUGCAUCAAUAAUGCUGAAAAAAGAGGUAAACGUCAAGUUUUGCUUCGCCCAUGUUCAAAAGUAAUAAUCAAGUUUUUGACUGUAAUGAUGAAACAUGGUUAUAUUGGUGAAUUUGAAAUAGUUGAUGACCACAGAUCCGGCAAAGUAGUUGUUAAUUUAACCGGUAGAUUAAAUAAAUGCGGAGUCAUUUCACCCAGAUUUGAUGUUCCCAUAAAUGAUAUUGAAAAGUGGACAAACAAUCUAUUACCUUCACGUCAGUUUGGAUAUGUUGUACUCACAACUUCGGGCGGUAUUAUGGAUCACGAAGAAGCCAGAAGGAAACAUUUAGGAGGAAAAAUUCUUGGAUUUUUCUUCUAAGAUUAAGUUAGACUUAAAGAAAAUUUUUAAAAAUAAAAAAAAGUGAGUGUGAGGUGAACACGUAAA